AUGUCUAUUUGGAUCGACGCAGGAGCUACUCCACCGGCCCUCGACAAGGCCAGGCUUGCUGAAUAUAUUAGAGCCGAUCGAUCAAUUAUCAACAAACCGGAUCGGGCAUCGGGGCUCACCCCAUUGGCAGCAGCUAUUCGAAAGGGAAAUUCCUCUACCGUAAAGCUCCUAUUGGACAAUGGUGCGGAUCCGGAUGUGAAGACCCAAGAUGGACGAACUCCAAUGUUCCUGGCCGCAAGCGCGCCAAAGCAGCGGGCUAGGAUGAUACAGCUUCUCCUUGCCAAGAACCCGAAUACCUUCGACGAACCUGGCCCCGCAUCGUUCGGAAAUGAGACUCCGUUGAUGGCCGCUGUCCACAAGAGCGAUGCCUCUGCUAUUAAGCUACUCGUGGAAGCGGGAGCUUCUAAGGAGAAGAAGAACUCCAGUGGCCAGACUGCAAAGGACAUAGCUGAUAAGCUACAGCCUCCAGACCUUGCUGUUAAGGAUGCCCUUAAUAUAAUGGCAACCAAGGGUAAAGGGGGGCUUAUAACAUACAUCAACGAAUGGGUUCUCAAGGUUCUGGCCUACUUCGACAUCUGGACUCCUCUUGCAGACAUCUUCGACGCAUCAUCUAGGACCUAUAACAAGAUCCCAGUAUCUAACCCCGCGCCGGGACAGGAUAUCGCAGAACCACAGACCGUAGAGGACUUCAAGAACAACCUAAACAAUGCAAUCAAAAGGGGCGGCCUCGAAAAGUUCUUCCCUCCCAACGAUCCCUAUAUUGAAGAUGUGGCGAAAAAGGCUUUCCAACUCAAAAAUGAUCCGAAUAACAAGUUGAACUCUCCUGCUCAGGUCGACGGUCUUGCCAAAUUAGCACUGUAUCAGCCUAUCCUGUAUUGUGACGACAGCGGAUCUAUGUGGAGCGAAGAAAACUACAUAGGGAAUGGAGAUAGGUGGCGCGCUCAGAUCGAACUGGCCAAACGAAUUAGCAGCAUCGCCACCCGCACCGACCCUCUGAAUAGGGGCUGCCACCUCCGGUUCAUCAACAAGGCCGCCCCGGAUGCUAAUGGUCUAAACGCCAAGCAAAUUGAAGACAGGCUCAAAAGCUUCUAUCCCGAGGGCUGGACACCGAUCGGCACGAAGUUGAGGGAGAACGUCCUUGAUCCUCUUAUCUACAAGGACGUCGAUGCGGGUAUUCCGCUUAAGCGUCCCUUCCUAGUGUUGGUGACUACGGAUGGGUAUCCGACGCAGGAAAAAGCCGGAAAAAAUGGUCCUAUAGGAAAGAUUGACGAGAACCGGAAUGAAGACGCCGGUCGAUUCCGCAGAGAGAUCCACGACUGCGCGAUGAGGUUUGAAAAUAGCAAGGAGGGGUAUAGGAAGGAUGUCGUCAGAUUUUCAAUCAGCCAGAUCGGAAAAAAUAUUAGCUACCCUGAGGACGAGCAAAAGGUCAGGGGUUUCUUGGACGGCCUCGAGUAUGAUGCGGAUAUUGAAGACGUGCUCUAUCGGACUGCAGAACUUAUGGAUGCGCGUUAUGACGAGCUCAGGCAGAACGAAAAGGAUCUGGAACGCUGGUUGCUUAGUACCUUGCUAUCGCCUCUACAGUCCCUUUACAAUACCGAUUAG